AACUGGAGGACCUGGUUAACGUUUGCUAUCAAGAUCAUUGUAACACCAACAAAAGUGAUCAAAUUUCUGCAUCGCCGGAGAUGGCUACCGCAUUGAGGAGGCUUGGAAGAAGAAUGGCUGUUCCUUUUUUCAGGGUGCGGGAGUUCUCUGCUUCAACCUCUGUUCUUCAAAACGAACAGUCUGGCAAAUCCAUGAACCUUUACACAGCCAUCAACCAUGCCCUUCAUAUUGCCUUGGAAACUGAUCCUCGUGCAUAUGUUUUUGGAGAAGAUGUGGGUUUUGGUGGAGUUUUCCGUUGCACAACAGGAUUGGCUGAUAGAUUUGGUAAAAGUAGGGUGUUCAAUACCCCUCUCUGUGAGCAGGGCAUUGUUGGAUUUGGAAUUGGUCUAGCAGCAAUGGGCAAUCGGGCCAUAGCAGAAAUUCAAUUUGCAGAUUACAUUUUCCCAGCUUUUGAUCAGAUUGUGAAUGAAGCUGCAAAGUUUAGAUACAGAAGUGGGAAUCAAUUUAAUUGUGGAGGUUUGACAGUAAGAGCCCCUUAUGGAGCUGUGGGUCAUGGCGGGCAUUAUCAUUCACAAUCACCUGAAGCUUUCUUUUGCCAUGUUCCUGGUAUCAAGGUGGUUAUCCCUCGAAGCCCAAAGCAAGCAAAAGGUUUACUGUUGUCAUGCAUUCGUGAUCCCAACCCCAUUGUCUUUUUUGAACCAAAGUGGCUGUACCGUUUGGCUGUAGAAGAGGUUCCUGAGGACGAUUAUAUGUUGCCAUUAUCAGAGGCAGAGGUGAUUAGGGAAGGCAGUGACAUCACAUUGGUGGGUUGGGGAGCACAAUUGUCUGUCAUGGAGCAGGCCUGUGUUGAUGCUGACAAGGAUGGAAUUUCUUGUGAACUUAUAGAUCUCAAAACUCUAAUUCCCUGGGACAAAGAAACAGUUGAGGCAUCUGUCAAGAAGACUGGACGACUUCUUAUUAGUCAUGAGGCUCCGGUUACUGGAGGCUUUGGUGCUGAGAUCUCAGCUUCCAUUGUUGAACGUUGCUUCUUAAGAUUGGAAGCUCCAGUAGCCAGAGUAUGCGGCCUCGACACUCCAUUCCCACUUGUUUUCGAACCAUUCUAUAUGCCAACCAAGAACAAGAUAUUGGAUGCAAUCAAAGCAACAGUAAAUUACUAGCACAAUUCAGUUUCAACAUUGCUAAAGAAUGUGCUAUAUUUCCAACAUAACUGAAUAAUAUAAUGCAUCAUAUUGCACUUUUCAUCAUGGAGAUUUGGUAAUUUAUUAUU